AUGGAGAAGGCCAUGUCUGAAGAAGCCACAUGCAAACAUCUAAUUGAUACCUCUUUCUUUCUAGGCAUCCAAUCAGAGGUCCAACUGGUUGAGUCUGGAGGGGAUACUAAAAGGCCUGGAGAUUCCCUCCACCUCUCCUGUCAAGCCUCCGGGUUCACCUUCAGCAGCUUUGAAAUGAACUGGGUGAGACAAGCACCUGGAAAAGGCUUGGAAUGGGUGGCAUACAUAUCUGGUGGUUCAUCUUCCAUUUAUCUGGAUAAAGUGAAGGGGCGCUUCACCGUCUCCAGGGACAAUUCAAACAGCCAGCUGUAUUUGCAAAUGAACAACCUUAAACCUGAGGACACAGCCGUGUAUUACUGUGCAAGAGACACAGUGAGAGGCUUCCCAUUGCACCAUUUAUGCAAAGCCAAGUUUGUUUCCUCUUCCUACUUAAAGCCCCAAGUCUCUCACCUCACACAGACUUCCUGGCACGGCACUCAGAGCUCCAUUCAGACCCAUCCCACCACUAUGCCUUCUUUCUUGCUGAUGCUCCUGGCUCUGGCUGCCUCCUCUUCAAGUGUGCUCUCACAGGUGGUUCUGACCCAGACCUCAGAUACAGUCUUGAAAAAACCUAGGGAAUCCCAUAAACUGAGCUGUGCCACUUCUGGAUUUGAUAUUAACAGCUACUGGAUGGGCUGGAUCAGACAGAAACCUGGCAAAGGACUGGAAUGGCUUGUUUGGUAUUAUGAUACCAAAUCGGGGAACAGUUAUUAUUCCUCUGCAAUCCAAGGGCGAUUUACAGCCUCGAAGAGUGGAUCAGACUUCUAUCUGCAAAUGAAUAGCCUGGCAGCAGAAGACACAGCAGUGUAUUACUGUGCAAGAGACACAGUGUCCAAUCAGAGGUCCAACUGGUUGAGUCUGGAGGGGAUACUAAAAGGCCUGGAGAGUCCCUCCACCUCUCCUGUCAAGCCUCCGGGUUCACCUUCAGCAGCUUUGAAAUGA